CAGGACGUGAAUAGGGAUCUGCAGGGAAACUGGGUGGAGCAGGAAGGAUCCAUGGCCGCUUGCAAACCUGCUUCGGCAUUUCUGGGUCCAUUGGCAAGUAAGGAUCCGUUCUCUGGUGCUCUGGUGAGCUACGAGCCAUCGAAACGUCGUACUUUCCAGAAACCCUUGUUGUUGGAUGGACCGCGUUGUGAAGUUGGCAGUACACAUUCCGACGGCAAUGGGCAGUCUUUUCGCAGGAGAAAGGGCCAGGAAUGUUUGUGCCAUCCGCGCUGGCGGCAGCCUCAUCUGGAUCAUUGCCUCCACCCGACGCCAAUCAGACGUAUCUAA